CCAUCAUUCCUUCCCAAUUUUUUAGAAUAAUGUCUGGAAUGAAAGAAGUCCUGAAAGAUGCUGUACUGUUGGUGUUGCCAAGCCUAUCUCCAGAUGUAACCAACCAGCUUGUUGAGAAGCUCAUGGGCCAAGGUGUCGAAAGCUUGGAUGAUUUGAUUUAUGUAAAAGAAGAUGACAUUUUGGAGUUUAUAAGACCUAUCCAAUGCAGAAAACUUCUUAGUUCAUGGAAAAAUCAAGAACAUCAAAACUGCACAGUCGUACUGCCACCUGCUGAGGUUCUCCCCUCGGUUCCCCCCGAAACAAACACUACUCUUGGUUCACCUCCAUCAAGCUCCUCAAAGCCAACAUCAAGCAGUUUAGCAUCAGCCAGUGCCACACAUUCAUGGACUGAAAAUUUCCAAGUUCCCUGGAACUUAAUGCCAGACGGUAUAAAGACUGCUGUUGAGAAUGGACAGAGACCUUCUCCUUCUGAUCGAAGACAAAUGAUUAGAAUCCUUGCUGACGAAAUGAGAAAACAUGACAAGAACCCCACCAGAUCACAGUGUCUCACUGUUAGUCGCAAAAUAGUGAGCCAGUAUCCAAAGUCUUUUGCUGACAUGUUGGGUGACAAGCAGGUUGGGGGUGGAUAUGAAUCUGUUCUUUCACAGCUGAAAGUACGCAUAGAGCACCUGAAUCGAACAAAUACACUAAGUCAUCAUAGGAUCCAAAGAAGUGACACCGGAACUACUAGAAAACGAAGUUCCACUGACUCGUAUGGUUGUACAAGAUGGCAGCCUGCUCUUCCACCUGGUGAAACUUAUGACAGUCUUGAAGUGAAACGUCAGAAGAUUGAGGAGAUGCAUCUUCAUGAAGGAAUCUCUGGAGCAGAGAGAGGAGACGUUUGCAAGCUCAUGGAGGGAACCUAUUGGCUUCAGCGUCACAUGAUCAAUGCAACCCCAUCCCCUACAAUUGCAGAUAUCAAAACUAAAUGGCCAUAUCUCUUCACACAGAGGCAUAUAUAUGGACAUUUUGAACAGCUUACUGACAAAAAAGUGCUCAGAUGUUUGGAAUUGUCUAUACAGGAGUGUGGACAAAUCAUAAUUGAAUUUUUCAAAAGCAAACCAACCAAUGAUGACAUUCGAAGUAUUCUCUCCAGAGGUGAAAAUGAUGUGGAUGCCAUGGUCAUACAACUACUCCUUGCACACUUCAAAGAGAAGUUAGAUGGGGUUUUCCUUCAAGCAGAUGAAUUUGCGACUCCAUCUGAUGUCCAGCAUUCUCUUCAUUUGCCAGAGAGUCCACGCCUUAUAUUUCUUGGUCAAUCUCUGAGCAACCAGCGCUGGAUGUUGAGUUUGGAGGGUCAAGUUGUGUGUGAAGGAGCACAGCCCAACUUCAUCACUGGCCUGGCAGCGCUGUUUGCCUCCUUCUAUAAUUUCAAUUUACAGUACCAGGAAGAGGCAGCAUGCACCCUUGAGUUUGUUCAGAGACGCUUUGUUGACAUCAAUCCUGAACGUGGAUCAAAAGCAAAAAAAGGAAAAGUGACUUCAAAGAAAACUGGCCAAGUUGUGCAAAAAAAGAACGCCACUGUAAGCCCACCAGUUUCCUAACUUCUGCGAAAACUUGCAGACUUUGAAUGGAACUUUGUUUAGAUCCUGUCAGCAAGUACAUUAAAAGUAAUUAUGAUUACUGCAUCGUUAAUUCCAUUUAUAAAAUA